CAGACGCGAAGAUGUAUUUGUGUAGCCUAGCCUAGCUUAGCUUAGCCUAGCAUAGCAUAGCAGGACAGCCGACUACAUUUUAAACCGUUUUUAAGUGUCGCCAGAAACAUGUAUUUAUUUAUAUGUAUUAAAUAUUAAGGACAGUUUCCAAAUCCAUAAAUGAAUGGUUUUAAUUCAAUUGAGCUAAUUGUGUAACUAUUUGAAGGAGCACAAGUCACCACGUUAGCUUGUUAUCUGUAGCAAACAGUUUAGCGGCAAACAGUUUGUUGUUGUUCACACCUAAGCGUGUAGUGUAGUGAUGGGGAGAGAUGUGGAAGAGGUGGCAGCAGCCCUGGUGCGGGAAUUCCUGAGUCGAAAGGGUCUGAAGAAAACCAUUGCCUGCAUGGACGAGGAGCUUCCAAGAACCAGCGUGAGCAUCAGUAACAGAUCAGAACUGUGCAGAGUUCUUCAUCUAGAGAGUCUCUACAAAAAGAAUAAGUCUGAAGAUCAACCCUUGAAAUCAAUGCUGGAGAUCAUAGUGAAGGAGCGCAUGAGGAGAAACGCAGAACCUAAAGAAAAAACCUUCAGAGCUGUUCGAACCACCGAGCAAAACUCUCCAAAGCUCGGAACAGACUCUGCCGCAAGUGAUGCCUCAUGUGUAAGGAGAGACCAAGAGCUCACAGAUCCGCACACGGACGGAUUACGGUUGCCUGACAGCAGAAAUUCUGCAUCCCAGCUCAGUUCCACAACACCAACAGUGGAGAACCAUCCACUACAAAGCUCCAGGACCACCUCGAUCGCUUCCUCUCCAGAAAAUCAGAAUAACGUUUCCAUCUCCACUGCACCAUCCAGCCAGGAUGUUCUCGUCCCGUCUCCGAAAGUAGAAUUAGAUUUGGAGAAAAGGAGCGCUGAGGUGGACAGCCAGACCAGCAGAGGGAGCAGCAGAAUGAGGAGAGGCUUCAUGUCGGGUCUCAUCACGGCCUCCAACCAGGAGAACAGCAGAAGACGUCCUGCCAGAAGACCCGCAGCCUGUUUCUCUAUGCUAGCUAAAAACCAAGAUGAUUCAGCUGAUAUGAAUCGGCCGAGCAGAAGAAGCUGUGCAAAUUCUACACCCCCCCAGUCAGAUUACCGAUUCACCCCUCCUGAGCAAGCGAGCAGACAAAGUACGACCAGCAGUUGUUCGGGCGGAGCGUCCAAAACCGAACCACGCGUAAACGGAUCAGCGGGCAGUCCACGAGCGGAUGGUGACCACAUGGCCGUGAUGGAUCUGGAUGAUGUGGACGAUGAGGACUUGCAUGGGUAUCCUGCAGCUCCACAGAUAAAUAACUCUUUACAUCAGAUUAACUUGAACAAACAUCCAAUGGACCAGAAAACAGCGACUGACCUGAAGGAGAUCAUAUUCGGCUCCUCCAUGAGCUGCUUCAGUGUGGAGUGGAAAUGUCAGAGUUUCAGUUUUUCUGACAAUCCUGAUCUGAGCUACGGCAUCGUACAGAAGAAGGGAGGACCGUGUGGAGUUCUCGCUGCUGUUCAGGCUACCGUUCUCCAGAAACUUUUGUUUGAAGGAACCAGUGGUGACACACCAUCCAACAGGAGGUUACAUGUGCCGGACGCUGUGAGGACGAAGUGCUUGACCGAAGCUGUGGCCGAGAUCCUGUGGAGAACCGGAGACGGGAAGAGAGCCACCGUUUCCAUAAACUCAGGAAGGAACCAGUUCAGCCCCACACGACACUACAGGUCUGAGGGCGUUCUGGAAAUGAUCACUUGCAUUGACGUUAAAAGCUUGGAGGACCUGAAGCAGCUCGUAAACCAGCACAUUCAUCAGUUUGAAUCGGGUCCGUUCGGCUGCGUCCUGCUCGUCGUCUCAGCCGUUUUAUCCAGAACCGUUCAGAUGGUCAGAGCAGACAUGGACGUUCCGACGUCCACUCUGAUGGGUGCACACGGCUACUGCGCGCAGGAGCUGGUAAACCUGUUGCUCUGUGGACGUGCGGUUUCAAACGUCUUCAACGACGAGAUGAAACUGGACUCAGGAAACGGAAACGUCGUCCUACUGAAGGGGAUCAAAGAGCGCUGUAACGUCGGCCUGCUGUCUUUAUAUGAACACUACAAUAUAUGUAAGGUGGGCUCUCACCUGAAGCAGCCGCGCUUUCCCAUAUGGGUGGUGUGCAGCGAGAGUCACUUCAGUGUCCUCUUCUCGCUGAGCGAAGAUCUGACGUCCAGACGGUGGAACCCCGAACCGUUCGACCUGUAUUACUACGACGGUCUGGCCAACCAGCAGGAACCAAUCAGAUUAACAGUGUAUCCAGACUCGCCCGUGAAGCCUCCCGAUUCUAACGACAACUCGGACCUCACGCCUCCUCUGGAGCUCUGCAUCAGGACCAGGUGGGCAGACGCCGCGGUGAGCUGGAACCAAAGCGAGCCGAUUCUGUGAACUGCGAAGCAUAAAAAAAGAGCGGUCAUGAAUUCAACGCCGGUGCUGCGGGUGAAGCCGAUGCAUGGCACCGAAACCCCGGUGCAUGGCAGAAAAUUCCACAUUUUGUUGAAGGAGUGGAGGCCAAACCUUCAGUUGAAGUGAACGAAGAGAGAUUAUGACAGGAAAAGCAGGGACGGGAACUCUGAAGAUGUUGGGUUGGAGUUCAGAGUGGCUUCCGGUUCCUCCUAGUACUGGGCGGCCAAACUCCCCCAUUUUUAAUUAUUUAUUUAGAAAAACAAAAACGUGAAGAGCUGUGGAGGAAAUGCGGAGGAGGAAAGAAGGGAGUGAUGGGUAAAUAAAGACAUGGCCUAAA